CAGCGAGCAGGCAGCGGCGCGCGGCGAGCUGCAGCCAGCGACCUGUCUCUUUAAGUUGGUGUCAAAGGCGAUUACCGCUGAUCUCCGUCGUGAUUCUGGUGUCCCCGUCUGUUCCCUCGGUCUAUUUCGGUCUCCGCGGUGCCGCCGGCGGGACGGUCAGCUUUCUCCUUCUUUUGAUGCAUUUCCAUCACUCAGGGAGAGUAACAUCGGAGGGCUCGAGCGCUAGCGAACUCCUCGCCGAAGUUUGGAGCAUGGGAGCGUCGCGAAGUGUUUCCUGCGGCUUUGCUUCGUGAGAAAGCCCGGCAUUAAAGCCCCAAUUUGCCGCCCUGCGGAGCGUCUCGUUAACUUUUUCUACCAUGGUAAGCCUGGAUUACUUUCCCUGCUAACGGAUAUAUGAAACCGCUUUCUCUCUGCUCAUCACGGCAGUGACAGAAACCCGGGAUAUGCAGUGAUGCCUCGGGUUACUGUUUGAAGUGCACCAAAAUAAACAACAAAACAAAUCCGGUUGGCCAUAAGAUGCAGAAGGGCGUGCGGUACAACGAGGGUCACGCUCUGUACCUGUCGGUGGUUGCGCGUAAAGAGGGCUCCAAGCGCGGCUUCCUGAGCAAGAAGACCACGGAGAUCAGCCGCUGGACCGAGAAGUACUUCGCUCUCUACCAGAACGUGCUCUUCUACUUUGAGAACGACCAGAGCGCGAGGCCCUCCGGGAUAUACCUACUGGAGGGAUGCACGUGCGAGCGGGCCCCUGCACCCAAAGUCUCCGCCAUCAGCAAGGAGCCCAUGGAGAAACAGCAGCACUAUUUUCUGGUGAUUUUCGGCCACGAUGGACAGAAACCUUUGGAGCUGCGGACGGAGGAAGAGUCGGACUGCAACGAGUGGGUGGAGUACAUCCAGCAGGCCAGUUACUCUGACAUUAUCAUCGAGCGUGAGAUCCUGAUGCAGAAGUACAUCCACCUGGUCCAGGUCAUGGAGACGGAGAAGAUUGCAGCCAAUCAGCUCCGCACCCAGCUGGAGGACCAGGACACGGAGAUCGAGAGGCUCAAAGCUGAGAUUGUUGUGUUGAACAAAACCAAAGCGAGGAUGCAGCCGUACCACAGCAACCAAGAGGAGGAGGACCCAGAUAUCAAAAAGAUCAAAAAGGUGCAAAGCUUCAUGCGCGGCUGGCUGUGCCGGAGGAAGUGGAAGAUCAUCGUCCAGGACUACAUCAGUUCGCCUCACGCCGAGAGCAUGCGGAAGAGGAACCAGAUCGUCUUCAACAUGGUGGAAGCGGAGACGGAAUACGUCCACCAGCUGUCCAUCCUGGUCAACUGUUUCCUGCGCCCGCUGCGCAUGGCCGCCAGCUCCAAGAAACCUCCCAUCAGCCACGACGACGUCAGCACCAUCUUCCUCAACAGUGAGACCAUCAUGUUUCUGCACGAGAUCUUCCAUCAGGGUCUUAACGCUCGGAUCGCCAACUGGCCCACGCUGGUUCUGGCGGACCUGUUUGACAUCCUGCUGCCGAUGCUGAACAUCUACCAGGAGUUUGUGCGGAACCACCAGUACAGCCUGCAGGUCCUGGCCAACUGCAAGCAGAACCGAGACUUCGACAAGCUGCUGAAACAGUACGAGUCCAACGCUGCCUGUGAGGGACGCAUGCUGGAGACGUUCCUCACGUACCCCAUGUUCCAGAUUCCACGAUACAUCAUCACUCUUCACGAGCUGCUGGCCCACACGCCCCAUGAGCACGUCGAGCGCAAGAGUAUGGAGUUUGCCAAAUCCAAACUGGAGGAGCUCUCCAAGAUGAUGCACGAUGAAGUGAGCGACACCGAGAACAUCAGGAAGAAUCUGGCCAUCGAGCGGAUGAUCGUCGAGGGCUGUGACAUCCUGUUGGACACGAGUCAGACCUUCGUCAGACAAGGCUCUCUCAUCCAGCUGCCGUCCAGCAGCGAGCGGGGCAUGCUCAGUAAAGUCCGCCUGGGCUCGCUCACACUGAGGAAGGAAGGAGAGCGGCAGUGUUUCCUGUUCACCAAGCACUUCCUCAUCUGUACACGCACGUCUGGAGGAAAGCUUCACCUGCUGAAGCAAGGAGGCACGUUGUCCCUGAUAGAAUGCACUCUCAUCGAAGAACUAGAUGCCAAUGAUGAAGACUACAACGCAGCAGGUCAAGGCUUCAACCACCUGGAGUUUAAGAUCGUGGUGGAGCCUCCUGAUGGUCAGCCUUUCUCCGUCGUCCUCUUGGCUCCUUCUCGCCAAGAAAAGGCCGCCUGGACCAGCGACAUCAGCCAGUGCAUCGAUAAUAUCCGAUGCAACGGCCUGAUGACCAGCGUGUUUGAGGAGAACUCCAAAGUGUCGGUGCCGCACAUGAUCAAGUCUGACGCCCGACUGCAUAAAGACGACAUCGACAUUUGCUUCAGCAAGACGCUCAACUCCUGCAAGGUCCCCCAGAUCCGAUACGCCAGCGUGGAGCGCCUCCUGGAGCGACUCACCGACCUGCGGUUCCUCUCCAUAGAUUUCCUCAACACCUUCCUUCACACGUACAGGAUCUUCACCACCGCGGCCGUGGUCAUCGACAAGCUGGCGGACAUCUACAAGAAGCCGUUUACCUCCAUACCUGUCAGGAUCGAGCAACAUUCGUGUGAUCGUCUGUCCAUCAUGUCCCUCUGUCCCGACUACAGUCUGAAGAUCACACAGCUCGCACUGGACCAGUCCAAGUCUCUGGAGCUCUUCUUCGCCACCAACCAGAGCUCGUGGGCGACGGACCCCUUGAACAACAAAUCCCCGAGGCUGUGCCGCAAGUUCUCCUCUCCCCCUCCUCUCACGAUCCCCUCUCGCAGCGUCUCCCCCGUCCACUCCCGCAAGCUCUCCCUCAGUUCCCCCAUCGGUGGGAAAGCCGGAGCGUUGGACCUUUCCACCACCCCGACCUCCUCUGCAGCCAGCUCCCCCACCUCCAGCCACAGCCCCUCCAUCUCCUCUCCUCCCCCUUACUCCACCAGGCCCCCCUCUGGCUUCUCCUGGCCUCCGCCCACCGCCACGCGCUCUCCCAGCCUCCCCCAGGCCUCUGGGGUGUCCUCUCCGCCCCCCACCUCCACCAAGGCCCCCCUGGACCUCAGCCGCGGCCCCGGCUCGCCAGAGCUGAGCCCAGCUGAAGGGGAGGACGUCAGCGGAGAGCUGCCGCGCAUCGACGCCUUCUGUGGGAAGCUGAGGCGCAGCAUCCGCAGGGCUGUCCUGGAGUCAGUUUCUCUGGACAAGUUCCUCCCUGAGUCAGCGGCCAGCAGCGAGCCGGGCGACUUGUCUCCCUGUCGCUCGCCUUCGACGCCGAGGCACCUCCGCUACAGACCGUCGGGAGUCACACCGGGGGAGAACUCCCGCUGCCCGAUGUCGCCGGCGUCAGCGUUUGCGAUCGCCACUGCUGCCGCCGGGCACAGCAGCUCCCAGGGCUUUAGUAAUUCGGAAAAAGUCUUUGACAAAGAAUUCAUCAUCCGGAGAGCUGCUACCAACAGAGUCCUCAACGUGCUGCGGCACUGGGUCUCCAAACACUCGCAGGACUUUGACAUGAACAGUGAGCUGAAGACGGGGGUUAUCGGUCUGUUGGAGGAGGUGCUACGAGAUCCAGACCUGCUGCCCCAGGAGAGGAAGGCAACGUCCAACAUACUAAGCAGUGCCCUUUCUCAAGAAGAUCAAGACGAUGCUCAGCUGAAGAUAGAGGACAUAGUACAGAUGACAAGCUGUCCCCUACUACACUUCAUUGUGGUGGAGGGUCCGAAGGCAGAGUGCUUUGAGUCUCUCUCGGCCAUGGAGCUGGCAGAACAGAUCACUCUACUGGACCACAUCGUGUUCAGGAGUAUUCCCUACGAGGAGUUCCUGGGUCAGGGCUGGAUGAAGGUCGACAAGACGGAGCGGACUCCGUACAUCAUGAAGACCAGCCAGCAUUUUAAUGACAUGAGUAACCUCGUGGCGUCUCACAUCAUGGCCCACGCUGACGUGGGCUCCAGGGCCGGCUCCAUAGAGAAGUGGCUGGCGGUGGCCGACAUCUGCCGCUGCCUCAACAACUAUAACGGCGUGCUGGAGAUCACCUCGGCUCUCAACCGCAGCGCCGUCUUCAGGCUGAAGAAGACCUGGUCGAAAGUCUGCAAACAGACAAAAGCCCUAAUGGACCGGCUGCAGAAGACGGUGUCGUCAGAAGGGAGGUUCAAGAAUCUCAGAGAGACACUGAAAAACUGUAACCCUCCAUGCGUUCCGUACCUGGGCAUGUACCUCACCGACCUGGCUUUCAUUGAGGAGGGAACACCCAACUUCACGGAGGAGGGCCUGGUCAACUUCUCCAAAAUGAGGAUGAUUUCUCACAUUAUCCGGGAGAUUCGUCAGUUCCAGCAAGCUCCUUACAGGAUAGAGCACCAACCAAAAGUGACUCAGUUCCUCCUGGAUAAGACUCUAGUGAUGGAUGAAGAUACCCUGUAUGAGCUCUCGCUGAAGAUUGAACCUCGAGUACCACCUGGCUGACAUUUCACACACAAACAUAGUCACACGGAUGUGAUAUAUAGAAUAUAUCCAUCAAUCAAUAUCAGAGAUGAAUUACCACAACUUGAGAUUCUUUCUUAUUAAAGCAGGGGUUGUUUUAUGAAACACCGCCAGUCAUUGUGCUUAGGAAACUCAGGAGAAAAUGUGCCUUUUUGUGUAAAUAUUAUGUGUAUAUUUAGUAACAGAAUGAACUGUAUAACAUGCACAACUCUGCCAUACAACCGUACAGUUAUGACUGUAGAAACAACCAUGUUAGCUAGCCAAACAUGGCGCUAGUGUCACGUUGUACAUACCAAUCUGCCUCUGUAGUCUUGCACGUAACAUUGUCAGAUGAGUUUUACAUGAUUUAUGUAAUCAUAGCCGGAUUAUCCUGCUUGUCCAUAGAGAAGCCAAGUCCUUCUGCUACUUUCCUUAUUUAGGGAAAAAUGUACUAUAGUGAACAGCGAGAAAAACAAAUAAGUACAUAUUUGAUCCCAUUUGAAUUGAGCCAUGAAUUCAAUUCAAUUCGUCAAUUUCAAAGAUAAUUUUUUU